GUCUCUUUCUCAUUCGCGUAUUUGUCCUGUAGUAGAGUUAGCAAACACUUUGCGUCCCCUCACCUAGAAAACAUCACACUUACACCUAAGUACAACCAAUCCAAAACUUACACAUAAAGUUAAAAAAUUUAGUGGCAAUAUUCUAAUUCACCAUGGAUUUCCGAAAUAAAAUGCUGGCGGCGCAGGAUAUGAAGGGGAAGAUCGAGCGAGAUCGUGAACGCAAGAAACAGCUGAAAGACGGUGUUACUGCGCCAAAUAGGCCGUUUGGCAACAAGAAGGUUAAUACAAGUAAAACUAAUAACUUCAAAGAGAAACAGAUUGGGCAGCGGUUGAGAAGUGUAGUGGAUUAUCUUAGACAACAUCAAGGUGAAAAGGUGCCAUUGGAUGUACUCGAACGUGAAGUAUUAGGCCACACGUUCGAUGAUGAUACGGAACUGACCGACAAUCUGUUGAAUAACGAACGCACUAUUUGGAAAGAUGGGGCAUUUGCGUUCAAUCCGAAGUUUAACUGUGGCACCGCCGAGCAACUGCAGGAUCUGCUGACGGAAAGACACAGAGAGGGGAGUGGGGGAAUCACGUUGAAUGAUCUAUUGGACUCUAAUCCAGAAGUGCAGAAGCACGUGGAUCGUCUGCAGAAAGAGGGCAAAAUACUAGUGAUAAAGAACAACUACACCAAGAAUUUUGUCUUAUUCCACCGAGAGCAUAGCGAAGAGAUAACCAUAGACGAGAAGUUUGUCUUGUUAUGGCAAGAAAUCAGCGUUGCAGAUUCCGUUGCGGUAGAUCAGAGUUUGAAAGACGCGGGGAUGUCGAGCUCCCAACAACGAGUGCGAGGGAAGUCCAACCGACCAGGGUCUAGCAAGCGACAGAAGAAAGAGACGAAGAUACGUAAUUUUAAAAAUGAACACAUGCUGGGCCUGGGUAUCUUCGACGAUGCUGUGGAUCGAAAUGAUAAAAACAAGAAGAGGUGACAUAAAUUAUAAAUAGUUAAAAGCGCAACACAAAGCGCAUACGGCGCCUCGAUUUCCGUUGGCGUUCCAUUGAAUAGAGCAUAGCCUUCUAAGUUCUAAACCGAACAAGAAAAUUUUUAUGUGUAGCAGGUUUUUGUUUUUGAAAACAAAAAAGGUAUAUAUGUACAGUCGACGGAAAUACAGAAACGAUGAGGCUAGAUUGAAAAUAAAAUUAAACACG